CGUGCGCACAGCUGAGAGCUCUGGCUGGGCCGCGCUCGUCGCUCCAUCUUGAGUAGAAUAUAGCUUGUGAAGGGUGAGUGUAUAAUUGUGCGACGAAAAUCCGAUGUUUAUAGUUUAAAGUGUAUAAAAUUACUUAAAGAAAUGUCUUCGAACAACCAGAAGCUAUCGACCACGCAACGUAUGAUACAAGCUGUUCCGUUUCCACCGAGUCAUAAGUUGACAGUGGCCGAAGUGUUUGACCAGCGGACGGCAAAACCGCGACCGGACGUGUUAAAACAGCACUUUAUAUUGGAGGGUCGAAUCGAUGAAGCAGCAGCUCUCCGAAUCAUCAAUGAAGGCGCACAACUCCUACGCGCCGAAAAGACGAUGAUAGAUAUAGAAGCUCCCGUCACAGUAUGUGGAGAUAUACAUGGUCAAUUUUAUGACCUUAUGAAAUUAUUUGAAGUAGGGGGACCACCCGCUAGUACAAAGUACCUUUUUCUCGGUGAUUAUGUUGAUAGAGGAUAUUUUAGUAUAGAGUGCGUGUUGUACCUGUGGGCCCUGAAGCUGUGCUACCCUACGACCUUAUUCCUCCUUCGUGGUAACCAUGAGUGUCGCCACCUUACAGAAUAUUUCACUUUUAAACAAGAAUGUAAGAUAAAAUAUUCAGAACGUGUAUAUGAUGCGUGUAUGGAGGCUUUCGACUGCCUGCCUCUCGCGGCGCUGAUGAACCAACAGUUUCUCUGCGUCCACGGCGGAUUAUCUCCAGAAAUACAUAAUUUAGAUGACAUUCGAAAGUUAGACAGAUUUAAGGAACCGCCCGCUUUCGGCCCCAUGUGUGACCUCUUGUGGUCCGAUCCUUUAGAAGACUUCGGUAACGAAAACAACGCAGAACACUUCUCUCAUAAUUCCGUGAGGGGUUGCUCAUAUUUCUACAGCUACGCUGCCUGCUGCGACUUCCUACAAAAUAAUAAUCUUCUAUCAAUAAUUAGAGCACACGAGGCACAAGAUGCGGGAUAUCGAAUGUAUAGGAAAAGUCAAACAACAGGCUUCCCUUCCCUUAUCACAAUUUUCUCAGCACCCAAUUACCUGGACGUCUACAAUAAUAAGGCAGCCGUACUAAAGUAUGAAAAUAACGUAAUGAACAUUCGCCAAUUUAAUUGUUCGGCGCACCCUUAUUGGUUACCAAACUUUAUGGAUGUGUUCACGUGGUCGCUUCCUUUCGUCGGCGAAAAAGUGACGGAAAUGCUCGUCAACGUGCUCAACAUCUGUUCGGACGACGAACUCGUCUCAGACGGUGAUGAUGCGCUUGAAGAAGCGAAACAGGCAAAAAUUGUUAUUAAAAAACCUGCAGCAAACCUGAGGAAAGAAGUGAUACGUAACAAAAUCCGGGCGAUUGGUAAAAUGGCUCGAGUAUUCUCUGUUCUAAGGGAGGAAAGUGAAUCAGUGUUGCAACUUAAGGGGCUCACGCCCACGGGUGCGCUACCUCUCGGCGCAUUGUCAGGCGGAAAGACGAGUCUCAAAAAUGCAUUGCAAGGAUUCUCUCCAAAUCAUAAAAUAACGAGUUUUGCGGAAGCUAAAGGUUUAGAUGCGAUCAAUGAACGGAUGCCCCCGAGGAAAGAUGCGCCCCCGUCGCCGGCUGAGGAAACGCCACAGGACCACAAUCACACCCAAACUAAUGCACACUCGUGAGCAACACUUAAAUAGGACAUCACAUUGGCCGGAUGCAGGAAUCUGCAAAGGCGCUCACCUCUAUUACAUGUUACAUCUUUCUUAGAUUCUAGCAACAUUUUUUCAUUGGGACGACAGGCUCGUUCACAUCUUAAUGAACAAGUAGCUGGUCUGCUUCCUCUCUUUCUCUCUCUCUCUGUCUUGUUAUUUCCGCUAUUCGUGCCUCGCUAUCGCACACUGCUCUACCGCUACUUUUGCUUAAGGACAAUCAUUGUCCCGUAUUAUCAUUCCAUAAUAUCUACUGGGUUUUAAUCGUUAGCCACACCAAUCGGGUCCUCUUAGAGCCACUUGAUGAUUAUUUCUUUCAAUAUUAUUAUAAAUGUAAACGUGUCGUCUGAAAUUUGUUGUAACCAGUAGUUAAGUAGUAAUUAAAUAAAUAAAUAAAUAGUAAUCACAUUGAAAUUGUAUAUCGGUCAGCAGUGUGAAAUAGCGAGCUCGACUAGCUGGUCGCACGUGUUGAGUGAUAUAAGCGUGCCAUACCCACCUGUCGCCACAUCAUCAUCAUCAUCACUAUGUGUUAAUUUAAAAGAUAUUGAUAUAAUAUACAGGGCGAUUUUCAAAUACACAAUCACAGUUGUAUAUUUGAAAAUGGCCAUUGUAACAUUAACUUGAUUGUGCGAAAUAAGUACAUUUUAUCUCUCUAUUAAUAUAGAAAGUGUUUGAUUUUAAUAUUAACACAACCACAUCUUUGCUACGAGCUGUACUUAUUUUUGAUUGUACAAAUUGUGUUAUACUAUUAAAUGGUUAAUAUUAACUUUCCUCUGUGUCUGAGCGAGACGAGAAAACUGUGUAUAUAUAUAAUACGUGUACAAAAUUUCAACCCAACCUUCACUGAAAUUCAUUAUUGUUGUUGCGAAUCUCCAGCACCGAGGACUGUUGUUGUUUUAGUAGAAAAAAAUAAAUAAAAUAAUCUCAUCUUGCUCGGACAUGGAGCGGUGUGAAUGUCAAAAUUCAGUUGUGUGCCAGCGUGUGUUAAGUUGUAAUACCUAUUAAUCUUGAAAUUCUGUAAAUUUACUCUAAUAUAUUAUAUACAUAAUAUGGUAUAGUUGAUUAUUAGGUAUAUCUCAACCAACAACUAUCGGAUAACUAAUUAGAACGAUAUCAAAAUUUAAUAUGGCGUCCCUUGACUUUUAUACAAAUGUGACAACACGGUUGCUUAAUUACCAGUCAUGACGUGGGUGGCUUCUUGAAACUAUAUUUAGCGUUGCUAAUCACGUUAGCUAGUCAUUUCAUUCACUACCUCUCACCUGUACAUAAAUUGUGUUGUUUAUUGUAAAAGUCUAAGAACAACAGCAAUAAAAUGACAUUUUUCCAAUGUGCGAUUGUGAUUAGUGGAGACCAAGCGCUAAAUAUACUUUUAAUUGUAGAUUGUAGGUCAUGACCUUUCGUUUUUCGACUGAUUUGAUUACCGAUAUUUUGGUGGUUUUGGGCGAGAUUUCGACAACACUGGAAUAAAGGCGGUGCCGAAAUCGCGACCACUUUUAUUAUUAUUGUAAUGUUGAGCAUCCUCCAAGGCUCGGUAUAAUUUGUGAUAGCUAUCCUGAUUUUGAAUAGCUUGGUCUCACGUGGGCACGUGCCCAUCGUGAUGCGCAUUUUUUUGAAAAUAAACUUUAAAAUUGUAUAAAUAUAAAACUAUCUAUAUGCCUUCAUACUUCCUAACUUAUUAUGAUUAUUGAUUAUAUAUAAUAAUGCACUGAAGUAUUGGGAUGUUAGACUUUUAAUACUUUAGUACUAUCACUGUGCCACUUUUAGUGGCCGUUUUAAUAUUAAUCUCAGUACUGGAAUUUGACAUUUUGAGAGAAAUGCCACCUUUUCAUCAAUACUCAACAAUGACAUUGUUUGUUUACUGAUCUCAUCAUCGAGCAUCGGCGUGACUGACAUCAAAAGGGUGGUGUUUUGCGGGCAGGCAGUGUGCAUGCAUAUUUCCAGUACGUCUAGAAUUAGCUGAAUGUUUUUAAAUAAUUGAAUAUACAUACAUUAUAUACAUAUUACAAAUGCGUUGGUAUAAUUCAUAUCAAUCGAAAUGUGCAAUUUAAGAUGGACAAACUUCUAAAGUUCUGCAUGUUACAUUUGGCAGUUGUUUAUCUGUGAUCGCCUUGCGUUACUGACUUUUAAGUUGUGUUUUACUUCUGUCAAACAUCUCGGUUCGUUUAUUGUAAUGUUACAAUUAUUCUACAUUUCAAUUGUAAUGGAUAUUUUCAUUUUGUGUUCUUAUUAAAUAUACAUCAUUGAAAAUCCUGA